AACAAGAUUAUGGCACACAACAGCCACAUGCAGACGCAGCUGGAUUUCUACCAUGCUAACUUAGGAACAGGGGCUGAGGCCCAUCGCCUUGAAAAUGAUCUCCAAGACAUAAUGGAGAGCCUGAGCCAGAAGAAGUACUCCUCAAGUCUAAAAUUUCAGACCAAUGGAGACCACUCAGGCUCCUAUUUAACCCUGUCCCAGCCAGCGCCUCCAAGGAGAAGCCCUACGGUCCUGGCCUCUAGGGUCAGGAACAGCCCCUCUGGGAUGCAAAUCCAGGGCUCCAGGCAGCUCUCUGGUGGUGGCCCUCACCCCUCAGACACAGGCAUCUCCAGCAAGCCACCAGCUCCCAAGCCAGGCGGUGCGAGCUCUCUUGGCAGCACCCCAGGGAGGGCGGAACUGGACCGUCAUCCCCGGUCAGACUGCGAAAACUCCCCCAGACCAAUGGACAGACGCCCCUAUUCCAAAUUCAGCUCCAGGAAUAAGUCACAUGACAACGUGUACUGUCCUGGCCUGUUGGAGGGCCGGGCGGUGUCAGGAUCCCUCCUGGCAAUUAGCUGUGGAAGCGACUCUGGGCUCCCCCCACCGGGCCGGUCAGGGGCUGUCAGUGUGCCCUCCAGCCCUAAGCAGGCCCGGAAGUUGGGUGCUCAGGACGUCCUCGGACUGCAGCCCAGACGGACCAGGCACAGGGGGCCAGCAACAGUGACAGCAGCAGGGUCGGAGAGUGUGGGCUCGAGGAGCAGGAAGCAUUCUGGGGGCUCACUGACUCCCAUGGGGGUACACAGUCGCUCCCUGCCCAGGCUCUACAGAUCCUCGGAAAACCAGCCUCUGCCUCUCAGCUUGCCUCCGAGAAACUCUCUGGGAAGCUCCCGCAGAAAGAUAGUGGGAGACAAGGAUCUACCUCACAGCCUGCUAGAUGCUGACAAUUACCUGAGUUUCUCUUCCUGUAGCUCGGGGAUUUUACCCUGUAAAAAUUCUUCCCCUGAUACCCACCCCUACGUCAACUCAACCCUCAGUGUCCCUGCGAGCCCUCGAGUAGCUAGGAAAAUGCUGCUGGCAUCCUCCUCUUCCUCCUCCUAUAUGUCAGACGAUUUAGACGGGAUCACCUUCUUGGGGGCCAGCUCCAACCACUCGUUUUCCCCUGAGGACCCCGACAGGGUGUUUUCGGGCAGGAGAAAUUUUUCCUGUGGCUCCAUGGAAUUCGACGAGGCUGACUCAGAGAGCCUGCGGCAAAUGGCAGGCACCCCCCAGCCUGCACCUCGGGAGAGGAAGAACAGCAUCAGCUCCAUCUCGGGACGGGAUGAGUUAAUGGAUUACCACCGGAGGCAAAGGGAAGAGCGACUCAGGGAACAGGAAAUGGAACGAUUGGAGCGCCAGCGGCUGGAGACAAUCCUUACUCUGUGUGCAGAGUACACCAAGCCUGAGAACAGGACCAUGACUGCUACCACUGUUGCAGAUGUGCAGAAGAUUAAUAAAGAGCUAGAGAAACUUCAGCUUUCUGAUGAAGAAUCUGUUUUUGAGGAGAGCCAGAUGACCCCAGAAAGCAAAUACAGGGGCCACCAGACACCACUACUCCUCGAUUCUGACCUCUCUGCUCCACCUGGUCUCAGCCAGAGUUCUUCCAAUUUCUUUUCUCCAAGAAGCAUUAGGAAUGAUGAACCCCUCAGGGAUGCCAGUGACUCUCCCCAGUUUCCUUCCUCUAGGUCACUGAAGAUCUCCAGUGAGUCAGCUUACCUAAGUAUCAUUCCAAAGAUGUCCGAACGAGCAAGUGAGGAGCAGGGGGAGCAGGAGCUUUUGCAAAUUGGAGAGGAGCGAGUGGCGAUCCUGAACAGCAUGGAGGAGCUGGAACAGAAAAUCAAAGACCUAAAUGACCAGAUGGAUGAGUCUUCCCGAGAGUUGGAUAUGGAAUGUGCCCUUUUGGAUGGUGAACAGAAAUCUGAAACCACUGAACUUCUGAAAGAGAAAGAGAUAUUGGAUCACCUGAACAGGAAGAUAGCAGACCUGGAAAGAAAUGUCAUGGGAGAAAAGACCAAGGAAAAAGUAAAGCUUGAUGCUGAGAGGGAAAAACUAGCGAGGCUCCAGGAGCUUUACUGCGAACAGAAGACCCAGCUUGACAACUGCCCCGAGGCCCUGAGGGAACAGUUACAGCAACAGCUGAGGAGGGAUGCUGACCUACUGGAAGUAGAGAGCAAACACUUUGAAGAUCUGGAAUUUCAGCAGCUGGAGCAUGAAAGCCGAUUGGAUGAGGAGAAGGAAAACUUGACCCAGCAGCUCCUGCGGGAGGUGGCAGACUACCAGCGCAGUAUCGUCACUAGGAAGGAGAAAAUUUCUACCUUGAAGAAACAAGCCAGCCACAUCGUGCAACAAUCGCAGAAAGAGCAAGACCAUUUCGUCAAAGAGAAAAACAAUCUGAUGAUGAUGCUGCAAAAGGAAAAGGAGAAUCUUUGCAAUUUGGAAAAGAAAUAUUCCAGUCUUUCAGGAGGCAAAGGAUUCCCAGGCAGUCCCAGUAGUCUAAAGGAGGGUUCUCUCAGUGCAAAUGAAACUAACAAACUGGGGGUCAUUUCCCCAAGUCUGUCCCCUGCUGCCUCCCGGCUGCUCUGUGACACUGCUGCUCUCUCCACUGCACCUUCUUCACCUUCUUCCACAGCUGGCUUGUUGAGCCAGCAGCCACAGACUGAAGAGCUUCCACCCAUCCAUUGGCCAGAGGACGUGGCUCCAUUUGCUGAUCACUGUUCUUUAAAUGACACGCCUCCUCCUCUUCCUGCUAAGAAACACCGCAAACAGCAGCAGCCUCUUAAGAAUCUGGAAGGAAGGAAGCACAACCAAAAAGAAGGCCUGUACCUGAGCGACACACUGCCUCGCAAGAAACCCAGCCCCUCACUCUCAGCCCGUUUCAGCAGUUCGACCCUGGGAAGAAGCAGCACGCCCAAGAGCCACCCACCCCUGGGGCAGAGCAACAGCUGUGGCAGUGUCCUCCAACACUCUCUGGCCACCAUGGCCAAGGAUUCUGAGCCCAGAAGGAUCCACAAAGGAUACAAUCAACAGCAGGUGAAUGAAGGACAAAGACAGAAAUCAUCAGAAUUUUACAGCCGAACUGCAUCUGAAUCGAAUGUCUAUUUGAAUAGUUUCCACUACCCGGAUCGCAGCUACAAGGACCACACCUUCGACACACUGAGCAUCGACAGCUCUGACAGCUUGGAAACCAGCCUCUCUGCCUGCUCCCCUGACAAUAUCUCCAGUGCCAGCACUUCAAAUAUUGCCAGGAUAGAGGAGAUGGAGAGGCUUUUGAAACAGGCUCAUGCAGAAAAGACACGAUUGCUGGAAUCAAGGGAACGAGAGAUGGAAGCCAAGAAGCGAGCCCUGGAAGAAGAAAAGCGACGUCGUGAGCUCCUAGAAAAGCGAUUACAGGAGGAAACCAGUCAACGGCAAAAGUUAAUUGAAAAGGAAGUGAAAAUCCGGGAAAAGCAAAGAGCCCAGGCUCGGCCCUUGACGCGCUACCUGCCAGUUAGGAAGGAGGAUUUUGAUCUGCGGAGCCAUGUGGAAACAGCUGGACACAACGUGGAGACCUGCUACCAUGUCUCAAUCACAGAGAAGACCUGUCGGGGCUUCCUCAUCAAAAUGGGCGGGAAAAUUAAAACCUGGAAAAAACGGUGGUUUGUGUUUGACCGGAACAAGCGCACCUUCUCCUAUUAUGCAGAUAAACACGAAGCGAAAUUGAAAGGUGUGAUCUAUUUUCAAGCUAUCGAAGAAGUCUAUUAUGAUCACUUAAAGAAUGCACAUAAGAGCCCUAAUCCACUGCUCACUUUUAGUGUAAAAACCCAUGACCGUAUCUAUUAUAUGGUGGCUCCAACACCCGAAGCCAUGAGGAUCUGGAUGGAUGUUAUAGUGACUGGGGCAGAAGGCUACACACACUUCAUGUUGUAGGGAGUCUCUGCAGCAGUUAGUUACAGGACAGAAUAAAUGGCCAUCUCUCAGACCUGGUCCCUUUCUAUGACUCUCCAAAGCUAGCCUUUGGCCUAAGGGAAAGCGGGAUCAUAACCUGGCCUUGCAGGAGGAAGAGACUUGAAACCAUCACAGGAAUGAACACUUCAUCUGAGUAACGACAACAAUGUCAUUUAUAGGAAAAUGUCUUUUAAACUAUUGUAUAUCAGUUGUUUUAAGGAGAACAAAUUAAACAGUUUGCAGAACUGUGUGAACUCAGCAACAUGCAAGUAUUUUAGAACAUGAACCCCAAAGAUGUAUAGGUACAUAUUUUUAAUAUAUAGUAUUUUUCACUUACUGAUAACCAGCUGGCUUUUUUAAUAUAGGUGUUCUUUUCUUAUGGGUAUUUUCAAAUAAAACCAAAG